CUGCGGGCCUGGCGCGCCCUCCGACGCCGAGGUGCUGCACCUCUGCCGCAGCCUCGAGGUGGGCACCGUCAUGACUUUGUUCUACUCCAAGAAGUCGCAGCGGCCCGAGCGGAAGACCUUCCAGGUCAAGUUGGAGACUCGGCAGAUCACGUGGAGCCGCGGCGCCGACAAGAUCGAGGGGGCCAUUGACAUUCGAGAAAUCAAGGAGAUCCGCCCAGGGAAGACCUCUCGGGACUUUGAUCGCUACCAAGAGGACCCUGCUUUCCGACCAGACCAGUCACACUGCUUUGUCAUCCUGUAUGGGAUGGAAUUCCGCCUGAAGACCCUGAGUCUGCAAGCUACAUCUGAGGAUGAAGUGAACAUGUGGAUCAAGGGCUUGACUUGGCUGAUGGAGGAUACAUUGCAGGCAGCCACACCCCUACAGAUUGAGAGGUGGCUGCGGAAGCAGUUCUACUCGGUGGAUCGGAAUCGUGAGGAUCGUAUAUCAGCCAAGGACCUGAAGAAUAUGCUGUCCCAGGUCAACUACCGGGUCCCCAACAUGCGCUUCCUCCGAGAGCGGCUGACGGACUUGGAGCAGCGCAGUAGCGACAUCACCUACGGGCAGUUUGCUCAACUGUACCGCAGCCUCAUGUACAGCGCCCAGAAGACGAUGGACCUUCCCUUCUUGGAAGCCAGCACCCUGAGGGCGGGGGAGCGGCCGGAGCUCUGCAGAGUGUCCCUUCCGGAGUUCCAGCAGUUCCUCCUCGAGUACCAGGGGGAGCUGUGGGCUGUGGACCGGCUCCAGGUGCAGGAGUUCAUGCUCGACUUCCUCCGAGACCCCUUGCGAGAGAUCGAGGAGCCAUACUUCUUCCUGGACGAGUUUGUCACCUUCCUGUUCUCCAAAGAGAACAGCGUGUGGAACUCGCAGCUGGAUGCAGUGUGCCCGGACACCAUGAACAACCCUCUCUCCCACUACUGGAUCUCCUCCUCGCAUAACACGUACCUGACCGGGGACCAGUUCUCCAGCGAGUCUUCCCUGGAAGCCUACGCUCGCUGCCUACGCAUGGGCUGUCGCUGCAUUGAGUUGGACUGCUGGGAUGGCCCGGACGGGAUGCCAGUCAUUUACCAUGGACACACCCUUACCACCAAGAUCAAGUUUUCAGAUGUACUGCACACCAUCAAGGAGCAUGCCUUUGUGGCCUCAGAGUACCCGGUCAUCCUGUCCAUUGAGGACCACUGCAGCAUUGCGCAGCAGAGGAACAUGGCCCAGUACUUCAAGAAGGUGCUCGGGGACACACUCCUCACCAAGCCCGUGGACAUUGCCGCCGAUGGGCUCCCUUCACCCAACCAGCUCAAGAGGAAGAUCCUUAUUAAGCACAAGAAGCUGGCUGAAGGCAGUGCCUAUGAGGAGGUGCCUACAUCUGUGAUGUACUCUGAGAACGACAUCAGCAACUCCAUCAAGAAUGGCAUUCUCUACCUGGAGGACCCCGUGAACCAUGAGUGGUAUCCUCAUUACUUCGUUCUGACCAGCAGCAAGAUCUACUAUUCCGAGGAGACCAGCAGUGACCAGGGCAAUGAGGAUGAGGAAGAGCCCAAGGAGGCCAGUGGCAGCACAGAGCUGCACUCCAAUGAGAAAUGGUUCCACGGGAAGCUCGGGGCAGGACGGGAUGGGCGGCACAUCGCUGAGCGCCUGCUGACCGACUACUGCACUGAGACUGGGGCCCCCGAUGGCUCCUUUCUAGUACGCGAGAGCGAGACCUUCGUGGGCGACUACACCCUCUCUUUCUGGCGGAACGGGAAAGUCCAACACUGCCGGAUCCACUCCCGACAGGACGCUGGGACCCCCAAGUUCUUCUUGACAGACAACCUCGUAUUUGAUUCACUCUAUGACCUCAUCACACACUACCAGCAGGUGCCCCUGCGCUGCAACGAAUUUGAGAUGCGCCUCUCGGAGCCCGUCCCGCAGACCAAUGCCCACGAAAGCAAAGAGUGGUACCAUGCGAGUCUGACGAGAGCACAGGCCGAGCACAUGCUGAUGCGUGUCCCCCGUGAUGGGGCCUUCCUGGUGCGAAAACGGAAUGAACCCAACUCUUACGCCAUCUCCUUCCGGGCUGAGGGCAAGAUCAAGCAUUGCCGCGUCCAGCAGGAGGGCCAGAUGGUGAUGCUGGGCAACUCAGAGUUUGACAGCCUCGUCGACCUCAUCAGCUACUAUGAGAAGCAUCCACUGUACCGAAAGAUGAAGCUGCGCUAUCCCAUCAAUGAGGAGGCACUGGAGAAGAUUGGCACAGCUGAACCUGACUAUGGGGCCUUGUAUGAGGGACGCAACCCUGGCUUUUAUGUGGAGGCAAACCCUAUGCCGACUUUUAAGUGUGCGGUCAAAGCCCUCUUUGACUACAAGGCCCAGAGAGACGAUGAGCUGACUUUCACCAAGAGUGCCAUCAUCCAGAAUGUGGAGAAGCAGGAUGGAGGCUGGUGGCGGGGAGACUAUGGUGGGAAGAAGCAGCUCUGGUUCCCGUCAAACUACGUGGAGGAAAUGGUCAGCCCAGCAGCCCUGGAGCCUGAGAGGGAGCACUUGGACGAGAACAGCCCCUUGGGGGACUUGCUGCGGGGAGUCUUGGAUGUGCCAGCUUGUCAGAUUGCCAUCCGUCCUGAGGGCAAGAACAGCCGGCUCUUCGUCUUCUCCAUCAGUAUGGCGUCGGUGUCACAGUGGUCCCUGGAUGUUGCUGCUGACUCACAGGAAGAAUUGCAGGACUGGGUGAAAAAGAUCCGAGAAGUGGCCCAGACCGCAGAUGCCAGGCUCACUGAGGGGAAGAUGAUGGAACGGAGGAAGAAGAUUGCCCUGGAGCUAUCCGAGCUUGUUGUCUACUGUCGGCCUGUCCCCUUCGAUGAAGAGAAAAUUGGCACGGAACGUGCCUGCUACCGGGACAUGUCAUCCUUCCCGGAAACCAAGGCUGAGAAGUAUGUGAACAAGGCCAAAGGCAAGAAGUUCCUGCAGUACAACCGGCUGCAGCUCUCCCGCAUCUACCCCAAGGGCCAGCGGCUGGACUCUUCCAAUUACGACCCCUUGCCCAUGUGGAUCUGUGGCAGUCAGCUGGUGGCCCUCAACUUCCAGACCCCAGACAAGCCCAUGCAGAUGAACCAGGCCCUCUUCAUGACUGGCGGGCACUGUGGCUAUGUGCUGCAGCCCAGCACCAUGCGGGAUGAGGCCUUCGACCCCUUUGACAAGAGCAGCCUCCGUGGGCUGGAGCCAUGCGCCAUCUGCAUCGAGGUGCUGGGCGCCCGGCAUCUGCCAAAGAAUGGCCGAGGCAUUGUGUGUCCCUUUGUGGAGAUUGAGGUGGCUGGUGCUGAGUAUGACAACAACAAGCAAAAGACAGAGUUUGUGGUGGACAACGGCCUGAACCCUGUGUGGCCGGCCAAGCCCUUCCACUUCCAGAUCAGCAACCCUGAGUUCGCUUUCCUGCGCUUUGUGGUGUAUGAGGAAGACAUGUUUAGUGACCAAAACUUCCUGGCUCAGGCUACUUUCCCAGUAAAAGGCCUGAAGACAGGGUACAGAGCGGUGCCUUUGAAGAACAACUACAGUGAGGACCUGGAGUUGGCUUCCCUGCUGAUCAAGAUUGACAUUUUCCCUGCCAAGCAGGAGAACGGUGACCUCAGUCCCUUCAGUGGCACAUCCCUGCGGGAGCGGGGCUCCGAUGCCUCGGGCCAGCUGUUUCAUGGCCGGGCCCGUGAAGGCUCCUUUGAAGCUCGCUACCAGCAGCCAUUUGAGGACUUUCGCAUCUCCCAGGAGCAUCUUGCUGACCAUUUUGACAGCCGGGAGAGAAGGGCCCCACGAAGGACUCGGGUCAAUGGAGACAACCGCCUCUAGCUGUGCCCCUGCCUCGUGGAGAGCAGCAGGUGCUGUGUGCCUCUUGGAAUGCCGUGAACUGGGUUCGUUGGAAGUGGCCUGCCAUGGCAGCCUUCCUGGUCUCACAGCCUGGAGUCUGGAUUCCAGCAGAGAAUCCUAGACAAAACCAAGCCAUUAAUGAGAUGUAUUCCUGUUUGGGGCCUCCACACCCCAGCCUGGGUGAAGGCAAAAACUGUACUGUGUCUCACAUUAAGCACACACAUCUGGCCCUGACUUCUGGAGGUGGAUAUUUCCAUCUUGUGGGGCCAGGACCACAGCCGCAGCCCCUUGGAGACAGAGGUUGCCUCAGCCAGCAGCACAGGAGGCUCUGAGGAGCCGCUGACAUUCCUGAGAAUGGAGGAGCAGCAGCAGCCUUGCUGGGCCAGGGAAACCAAGUUUACAUUGUCCCACAGCCGGGCAGGGUAGGGGGAUAGAUGCCCCCACAGUUUGGCUCUGGAGCCAGGGCAUAGGAGCACAGGGCCUGCCCGAGGAGGACACAGCACAAGGGCACAUUGCCCGUGGCGGGGAACACAACCCAGCCUGAAAGAUACAGGGGACCAUGUUAAAAGUAGCAGUACUGAGCAUCGCAGGCCAUGGAGGGUUGCCCUGUGAGGAGCCAGUAAAGGAGGCUGAGCCCCAGGGCGCCACCAGAAGCAGGGACGGGCAACAUGUCCCAGCCACAGCAACGCCUCAGAGCCGUGGAAGGAGAAGGGCCCAGAAUUGGGCAUGCCACACCACUGUGGACUGCGCUAUCUGCCACCCCAUUGUCAAGGACCUGCUUACCAGGGUAGACCAGUUUGUGGACAUACUCGAGGCCUUUGUCGGGAUGAUCGGCACCAGUGUGGCCAGAAUGGAUGAGCAAGUUGCCAAGGCGGAGGCCAAGCUGGGGACUUUGCCCAGUACAUUCAGGUAACUCCCGCACACCAUUCACAUGCCCUCCUUCAACAAGGCUCUCCAGAGGCCCCAACAGACCGGCUAUGAAACCCCAUCCUGUUUCAGACCGAAGACCACUUUCCCUGUUGCAGUGGAAGGCCUGGGAUCUGAGUGCCAGACAGCACUGCAAGAGGUUAUCUCAAGUAUUAAGUCAACUGAAAACCCUAUUACUAGACAUACAUGAUGUUGGAGUAUAGAAUUUUAAAGUUUAUUUUUUGCACACACUAUUUCUCACUAUCUUAUUUCACGUAGGAUGUAUGAUUUCCUAUGUCUUCCAUUUCUAACCUGACAGCUGCUUGAUAAAGGGAUUGGGAAAGCAAAAACUCAAUUUGUGCACUGUGGCAGAACUGUUAUUUUUAUGGAUUUUCCAGCUCAGCUAACAGUGUUACCUUUUCAAAAUUCACAUAUAUUCUUAAGAAAAACCACUGAGCCAUUAAAGCCUUUGUUAUUAUUCAGCCCUAGUAGUGAUUCCGUUUUCUAUAGCUUACUUUUAGGGUAGGUAGUAAGUUAUUUACUAUAAUGUUAAACUUUCCAUAUCAUGAAUUGUAAACUGAAGGAAAUCAUACAUUUUCCGAGGAAAUGUAUUGAUUAAUUCUGAAGUUGUGUUUGAAACGGUGACCUCACAAUCCUAAUUUGUCCAUAGCAAACGUGUCUACAUAUGGUUGCCAACGUUUGGUUUAUAAUUUAAAUAUUAAAAAUUUAAAAUUUUAUUGGAAAAGCUUUCCUUCUAAAAAGGACUUUAAAAAAAGCAGUAUUUUUUUUCCCUGAUGGUAUAACUUACUCCUCUUGCUCCCCACCCUCAGGAGAAGCCUCUGGGAGGAGAGCAGCAGGUGAGAGGCCUGCCCUGUUGGGAGCUCCUUUUGGGGAGUUAAGGCACGUCAGGAAUGGGGCGGGGGAGGUGAAAUAGCAAGGCGUGUUCUGGUAAGGUGGUUUUUCUUAAGGCAAAAAAGACUCCGUACACUUGCCCCUAGGAAUGGAAGAGGAAUCGAGUAGUUCAGCUGCCUGCCUUGCGGGAGGGGGGCAGGACAGGCAGGCAGGUGCUGACGGCAGCUUCUAGCUGGUGAAAAGAUCCAAGGAGCGGCAGGAGGAGGUGUUGGGAAGGGCGCCACCUCAAAGGACAGGCUGGGGCAUAGGUGCCUCCGCGUAGCGGCACUCAGCACACUCAAACCCAAUGCCUGUGUUUGGGCUCAGGGUUAGCCACUUGCUAGUUCUGCUGCCCUCUUAAGAUCUGACUGCCAAAUAAAUCAUCCUUAUCCUCUUUUUCCUUUAA